AUGGUAAACGAAAUAGCACUGGUAAAACUCGAACAAAAGUUGGAACUCAAUAAGUAUGUACGCACUGUGUGCCUACCAGAGAAAACUGGAGGGGAUUUGGUCAUCCCUACGAAGUACGGUUACGUUGCCGGCUGGGGAGCUACGAAAGCCUUGAAACCAGGAAAAAAAGCGCCAGUUGCUCGCCGAAAUUCAAACGUAUUGAAGCACUUGGCUUAUGAAAUUGAACAUUAUCGAUUAUGUGGUAAUAGGCCUGCACUGCCAUUCAAUUCUACGGUAUCGUUUUGCGCUGGAGAUGGAAAAGGANACCCAGGCUCUGUGAUAGUACCACAGUACGGUUCCAGUAAAAUUACAGUGUUUGUAUGGGGUAAAAAUACCAUCCUAAAAUUUCUAGGAAAUACUAAAUAAAGAUCAAUGAAACUUACUCUGCAGUUAAUUGUUGUUGUCCUUAUUUCUCCAACGAAAUUUCGUGAUAAUUUGCAGUAAUUUGUUCAAAUUCACUCUAUCUACAAUAAUAAUAUACAAGGUAGGAAACACGAGAUGCCAUUUUCGCCGAUAUGCUCUCAUUCAACACAACUUUUUCCACGAAAUUCGAACUCCAACGGAAAAUAAACAUCCCAGGAUCGUAGAAAUAGGAUAGCAGCAGAUAUAGAAACCAAUGAAGCUUUCCCAGAUAGAGAAACGAAUCCCACAGACUUUGACAAACUGGAGUUCGAAUUUCGUGGAAAAAGUUGUGUUGAAUGAGAGCAAAUAAAUGUUUCGACAUUCACGCUUGUUGGCAAGUAUAAAAUUGUGUUUACUGUAAUGUUGGAGUAUUUACAGGAUCAUAUAUAUUUUUCAAUGUCUUAAAAUAAGUACCAGUUGAAAGUAGGUGACCACAACUUGAACAAGGACCCACGAGAGAAGUCGGAAAAGACAGUGACAUUGAAGAACAUAUAUGUUCACCAAGGCUUCAAAUACAAUCUGAUGGUAAACGAAAUAGCACUGGUAAAACUCGAACAAAAGUUGGAACUCAAUAAGUAUGUACGCACUGUGUGCCUACCAGAGAAAACUGGAGGGGAUUUGGUCAUCCCUACGAAGUACGGUUACGUUGCCGGCUGGGGAGCUACGAAAGCCUUGAAACCAGGAAAAAAAGCGCCAGUUGCUCGCCGAAAUUCAAACGUAUUGAAGCACUUGGCUUAUGAAAUUGAACAUUAUCGAUUAUGUGGUAAUAGGCCUGCACUGCCAUUCAAUUCUACGGUAUCGUUUUGCGCUGGAGAUGGAAAAGGAGGAAAUGACACAUGUCACGGUGACAUUGGAGGAGCCUUUGUUCGUGAAGGAAAAAGGGGCGACAAGUGCCGGUGGAUUGUAACUGGCCUUGUCAGCUGGGGAGAAGGCUGUGCACAAAAGAAUCAGUACGGAUACUACACCAGAAUUUAUCCGUUCAUUGACUGGAUCAAGAAAGUUGAGGCUGAAAACACAGAUGCGGAUGAAGGAGAAGCCUAG